UCCCACUCCUGUAGAGGGAAAACUUAUCUGUCCUCAGAAAUGGCGUUGAACAAGCAAAACGGCUGAAAUAAAGGAGGAAAGAGAAGGAAAGAUAAACCCACGUUCGCAUUAACGUGCAAAAGAUUAUAUUUAACUUGUCCCAACUUAUAAAGCUGCUCUGUGACGUUAUUUUAAAGCUCCACAUCACCGGAACGUCACCUUCUCCUUGCACAGGUGAGUGGCAGCUCAUCACAUUAGCAGGCUAACCGAGGCUAACAGACUCAUUCAAAGUUCAAGCUGGAUUUAACGGGAUCGCUUCGUCCAUCUAUUGAUGCUUCGUGAACCACAUCCAUGGCACAAGGCAGUUACAUCUUAAGAAAUGUAUCAGGUCAAAGCACUGAAGACUGCCUUCCUAACUACCUGGGAAUUAACUGCAAUUAUCCGUCGGACUUGGAUUACCUCAAGUGCGUUGACAAUUUCCACCACGGCACCACCAUUAAGCGGCUAAGCCUCAAGAGGAGGCCCAGAGUGGCCAACAACAAUGUGGAAAAACCACAGAGUGACAUCACAUCCAGCCAGUGGCAUUCUGCUGAAUCCCUGUCGUCAUCUAGCAGUGAUGAUACAAGAAUGCUGGGCAUGUCCUCUACUACCAGAGGUCGACCUCCUCUUCCUCCACCACAUGGUUCCUCAUUGGAUAGCAAACCCUCAAGGAAUGAAGGACCAGCAAUGUCUCACAUACUUGGUGAGUCAAAGCCGAAGCCUGCUGCAAGAUCUCUUGCUUUACAAAGACAAACCCCCCUGGUGGAGAAGACCAUUAUGGAGACCCUCAAGCACUUGGAUCAGGAGGUGACCAACCAGCUUCCACCUCAACCCAGUCCCCGUCGACGACUGGCCAGCUUCGGAGGGGUAAGCUCCCCUGGGUCACUAUCCCCCUUCACUGGUGUUGGUGCGUAUAAUCAGAACAACAAUGGGAACAAGCCUACUGGGCCAGGAGGUGAUACGUUGGGCUCGUCCCUGGGCAGCAGAGGCAGCACUGGAUGCCUAAGGCUAAGCCCACAGAGCUCUGGUAGAACCACCCCAGUUAGUCCUGGCUCCAUGCAUCUGCAGCAUGUCCGUGACCAGAUGGUAGUAGCUCUGCAGAGGCUGAAGGAGCUGGAGGAGCAGGUGAAAAUCAUCCCUAUCCUCCAGGUAAAAAUCUCAGUCCUUCAGGAGGAAAAAAGGCAACUGGUCUCUCAGCUCAAGAACCACAGUGACAGUGAGGACAUAGAUGAUGUGAUCUGGAAGAGCGCACAUAGUGUGGACAUUUCUGACAUUGGAAACAAAGAGAAUAACAAGGAAGGACUUGAGGAUAUAAUGGAAAGUGACUACACUGACCACAGGGAGUUCAGGCGACUGACUGAAGAGAUGCAGGCAUUGGAAAGAACCAUCAAGGGCGGACAUUUGCAAGCAUGGCAUGAAAAAGGUCACAGCCCUCUUCGUGUCAAGGCAAUCAAGUCAGUUGCAGUUGGAACUGAUAAAGAUAUAGAUAUCACCUUGUCUAAACCCACAAAAGAAAACAAAUGUGUGUACACUGACCAAGUAAAAAUGAGGUCUGUUGCAACAGAAGUGUCUGAAAUUAAUCUUGGCAUUUAUACAGAACGGGAAGCAGAGCUUGAUGCACAACAACAAAUAAUUGGUGCCUUGAAAGAGAGAAUAUGUCUCCUAGAAGCAGAGUUGAAGGAAUCAGCGCUCCAAACAGAGAUGAGCCGUCUGAAACUUGAGCUCCAGGCUGCAGGAGCUAGGAACCGAGCUGAUAAAGCCACCUUUGCAAGGCCAUCCACUGUGAGCGCAGGCACCGAGGCAAGACCUCAUACCACAGACCAAGGAGUGGGCAAUCACAAAGAGCUACACGAUGCCAGCACAGGGGAGGCAACAGAGGUGAAGACAGUGGGUAUAUCUUGUUGCAGGCUGGAGCUGAAGGAUGUUUGCACAGGACCAGAUGUGCCCAUGAGCUACUGGGAGGUCAGGGAGCGAGUGGAGACCAUGGAAAAAGGUGUGGGGAGCCACAUUUUUACAAACACACAAGGUGUUGGGAGGGAGAUAAAGUUCUGUGAUGCAGAAACCAACACAGAGGUACCAGUGGAAAAUAUAGUGCCUAAGAAAAGAAAGACUAAGUAUAAUUCUGUGGCUUGUGGGGACUGUUCUGUUGAUGUCAUUAUCUAUGAGGCAAAGGAUUUGGUUUCUCAAGGUAUUGCCACAGAUCAAGUCAGAGGAGUUGAUCUAGGAAUCAUGGCAUCACCACAGACGGCCUCUCAGCGUACCAACACUGUAUCCAGUUCAGUUUCUCGCUUUACCAACACCAGACAUGCCUUCAACACAGACUCCAGCACUAAUACUGUCCUCAGUACCAAAGACAAGCACACCAACACCACUCAGACUGUCACAAGGACAGUGUCAGUGGGUAACCGGGUCAAAGAUAUGAAGUGUGCCCCAGAGACCACCUCAAUUGGUGUAGGAACUGGAGGUUUGAAUCUAGGAAGUGCCUUAAAACAAACAACAGUGACAGCACCGAAGGUAACCAGAGACACAGGUGUUGGAUUCACGAACAUUAACGAGAACUUCCUAGUUGGACUGAAAACGCGAAAUAUGGCCUCUGGACCAUCCCAUCUGCCUGAUCCAAUCAAGACAAGGAGCAUUGGUGUGGGGGAAGGGAGGAUACGGGAUUUGUCAGUUUCAUCCAGUAAACCCGUCCCGAUGUUCCAGCAAUCUUCACAGUCCCAGUGGGACCCAGAGCUGAACCAUUACAUAGAGAAGAUGCAUAGGCUCCUUGGGGAGCAUGGGGACCUGCUCACAGAGGACUAUACUCACCCGAGGGAAGGGUUUGUCCAGCAGCACAGUAACCAAGGAAGUGCCAUCUCGAAGCCGUCCUGCAGUAACAAAGCUGCAGCACAAGGAAUCCAUCUUUCAGAUUGUCAGCCACCAGUCAACAGAGAGUUUCAGUCACCGUCUCAAUUUUCAGUUGAAGCAUUUAAGUGUGACAAGGCAAACCCAGGAAUCUGUCAACAGGGCGGCACCGAAUCGGAGGUUAAAAGAAUGAUACAGAUGUUAGAACAACAGACAUCCUCAGCUCUGCAAGACAGUUCAGCUCAUGCCGGUGUGCUGCGAUCUGUCAUGAAGAAACAGAACGGUGACCAAGGCUGCAGCAGCACCAGGAAGAGCAUGAAGUUCAUGAGGGUGACCGCAGGAUUGGACCCGAUGUCAACUUACGAGCUCCCUGCCAGUGAGAAGGCUAAGACUGAGGAAGUGGAAAGGAGAGGAAACAAAAAAGCUUCUCAAGAUGGAACGCAAGCAAAAAAGGGCAAAUGUGGCUCCAACAAGGGAUCGAAAGGGUCUGCAAAAUCACAACAGAGGUGUAAGUUAAAUGAAAAGGUGUUUUCUGCUUGUGAAGCCUUAAAGAUGCAUCUGAGUGAUGACACAGCUUUAUCCAGCAAGGAAAUGCAUGACUGUCUUCAAACGCUUGAGCAAGAAUGGUUUUCUGUGUCCAGCCACAAGUCAGCAGCCGCCGACAUCGUGGAGGAACAUCUAGCUACAUAUCGGGUCAUUUCACCCUCCGUGUUGCAGCAUAUCGUUAAUAUGGCUGACGGCAAUGGAAACACAGCUCUGCACUACAGCGUGUCUCACUCCAACUUUGGCAUCGUCAAGAAAUUGCUUGAUGCAGAGGUGUGUAACGUUAAUCAACAGAACAAGGCGGGUUACACGCCCAUCAUGCUGGCUGCGCUCGCAGCUGUGGAGCGUCCAGAGGACAUGAAGGUCGUGGAGAAGCUCUUCACAAAAGGAGACGUCAAUGCGAAGGCCAGCCAGGCUGGUCAGACGGCCCUGAUGCUGGCUGUGAGCCACGGCAGGAUGGACAUGGUGCAGGCGCUGCUGAAACAGGGAGCUGAGGUCAAUCUCCAGGACGAUGAGGGCUCCACGGCGCUGAUGUGCGCGAGCGAGCACGGCCAUGCCGAGAUCGUGAGACUACUGCUGGCACAGCCAGACUGCGAUGCCACCCUGAGUGACAGUGAUGAAAGCACGGCGCUGUCCAUUGCACUGGAGGCGGGACACAACGACAUCGCAGUUCUCCUCUACGCUCAUGCCAACUUCUCCAAAGGACAGAGCGGGGCAGCUGCUCGUCACAGCGGCAAGUCUCUUCCCUCCAGCGGUAAAAAUCUCUUUGAAUGAGGUGACGCUGAACGGAUCGGGGAGACUUUUAACAGCGUUAGUUUUUAAACCUGCAGUUGGAAAAACGAUUUGCAGAGCCACUUGUUAUUCUCCAGUGACAAUGAUGCAUCUUUCGUAGUGCAUUUGCAUAAUAUUACAUAGUGUGUAUUAUAAUGUAACUCAGCAGGUAAUACAUGCAUGGUAGAGUAUAUUACUAUUCUUUGUUCAUAAAAGAUAAUAGGCAAUGUUGUAUCCUGCAGAUGUCUAAUAUAUAGUAUCACUUAAGUUGUUUUAAUUCACUUUUUUUGGAAAUUAGAUUUAUAGUUGAAAUAUUUUAUAAGUGCAGAGGAGAAUGAGACGAUGUGUAAAACAAAGUAUACAGUAAAGUAGCAUCAAAGUUAGAAAUGUAUGAGCAAAUAUGAAUAAAUAAAAACUAUAUUAUUACAAAA